UGGAUUUUUUUGGUAUUUGAUAUGCAUUACAUACAUAGUAUAUUUUCUAGAAUGAACUGUUUCCCCAUGGCAUUGCUAGUCAUGGAUUUAAACCUUAAGCCAAUGAAUGUAAUCACUUUCCAGUUUGGUUUUACUGGUGCUACUCGCCUGAAGAGCUUUGUGUUUCUCAUCAAAUCUUACCAUGUUCUGUUUCAUCUUUUGUUUUUGUUUUUUUUCCUUUGCUCUUCUGCAUACUUUAAAGACUGACUCUUCAGAAAGUCUUUCCUUGUGUAACCUGAUCAUGGAGGAAACUCCAGACAGUGGGUUGGCCGAAGAAAUUCAAAGAUCUCAAAAUGAUAUAGGUGCAUUUACUUGGGGCCCUGACGCUAGUACAGACAGGGUCAGCCAAGAAAUUACCUCAGGUGGGUUUGGAGAAGACUCUGCAUGUCCCUCCGAAACAGAGCAAGACAUAAGAUUAUCCACCAGCCUGCUUUCGUCUGCUGACUGGCCCAAUGUAGCUGAAGAGAGUGAGCAUGCCCCGGGGCCAGCCUUUCCAGGUGGAAAUGAACAACUGCCCCCAAAGCCUGCGCCGGAGGCUGGAGUUGCCAUUGCUGCUUGUGUGGAGAUGGAGCAGCUGUAUGACCCACUUGACUCAGACAUGCCAGCCAUGGACACAGCUGGCCUGUUCAAAGAAAGUCAUGAAGAUAUGAAGAAGUCAGAUGAAGAGGAAGAGAAACAGAAGAUAGAAGAUUCUCUGUGGUCAGGUGUGGAGGCGUGUCAAAAGGUAGACACUGGAGCUAUUGAUAUCAAGACACUAGAAGGUACAGAGGAAUUUGAAGAGAAAGCAUGUGAAAGGACAGGAAACAGAGUGGUAGAACUUCUUAAUACCAUAGGAAAGGAAGACCAUAAGACCUUAAAAAUUAAUGAAGUGGAAACUAGAAAAGAUCUAAGAGCAGGGUAUAAGGAAAGUACAAACACCAAUGAAAAUUAUUUUGAGAAAACUGACCUAUUAGAAAAGGACAUGGAAGGAGGAGAUAUGGCAAAAGAACUUAGUGACAGAGACCAAGGUCUACAUGAUGGAAUUCAAAAGGUAAUCAAUAAUUGUGGAAUGAUAGAAGGCUUUGGAGCCAAACCUGCCAAUCACCCAGAUAUCUUGAAUCCAUCUCUCCAGACCUACUCUGUAUCUAAUAUUGAAGAUGGCAGCCCUGAGGGAUGGGAUUUGACUAGAAAAGACAUAAAGAAAAAUGCAAUAGACACUCCCAACCAUGAUAUGAUAUUUUACCCAGCACAAGACAGUACAGAUGCUGAAGAAAUUCAGUGUGAGACUGUGUUAAAUGCUCUUGUAGGUGACAGGGAUAAAAAUCAGGCUGUUUUAUCAAUAAAACUUGAAGUAGAAGCUCAGUCUAGGACUGACCUUAAUUAUUCUCUGGGAAGAGAUGCAAACAGAAGAGAUUUAUGUUCAUGUAAGGCAGAAAGUUCACUAAUAGAAGGGUCUGAAAGAACAGUAACUGAGAACCGUAGUCAUACUGUUAACUUGCCAAGAAUUGCAGAGAUAGACUCUUGGGGAACAGAUCCAGGUCAAAUCUGGCAGCCAAGCUUGGAUUCAGCAAUGAAUAAUUUGGAUAUAACAGGAUUCUCUGGUAUACCAGAUGGCCAAGCAAGUGGAUUUGCCAGUUGUCUGGAUUCUAUUAACCACUGGCCUAUCAGAGAUACAGAAGGCUUAGAUAAUAGCUGGACACAUUUAGAUGUAGUUGAGCACAAGGAAGAACUGAAGGUGGACUUACUAGCAGGUGAUUGUAGGGAACAAGCCAUUGCUAGCUGCUGGGAACAAAGCCAGGAGAUAGCAAGACCAUUGAUUUUGGGGACCUCCUGGAAUGCUAGCACUGAGAGUUCUGCUAGUUCCCGAGACCAGGACAUCAACAACUCAGAUUUAUCUGAAGAUGAAAUUGCUAACCAGAGAUAUGGAUUGUUGUACCAAGAAAUAGAGGCUGACAAAGAUGAGGCUUCUGGUGGUUCAUUUAAUGGAUUCACACAGCCCCAGGAUACUUCAUUAUUCACAAUGCAGACAGACCAGAGUAUGAUCUGCAACUUGAUCAUACCUGGAGCUGAUGCUGAUGCAGCUGUUGGAACCUUGGUGUCAGCAGCUGAGGGGGCCCCAGGAGAGGAAGCAGAGGCGGAGAAGGCCACUGUCCCUGCCGGGGAAGGAGUAAGUUUAGAGGAGGCCAAAAUUGGAACUGAAACCACUGAGGGUGCAGAGAGUGCCCAACCUGAAGCAGAGGAGCUGGAAGUAACAGUGCCUCAGGAGAAGGUCAUUCCUUCGGUGGUCAUAGAGCCUGCCUCCAACCAUGAAGGGGAAGGAGAAAACGAAAUAACUAUAGGUGCAGAGCCCAAGGAGACCACCGAGGACGCGGCUCCUCCGGGCCCCACCAGCGAGACGCCGGAGCUGGCUACGGAGCAGAAGCCUAUCCAGGACCCUCAGCCCACACCUUCUGCACCAGCCAUGGGGGCUGCUGACCAGCUAGCAUCUGCAAGGGAGGCCUCUCAGGAAUUGCCUCCUGGCUUUCUCUACAAGGUGGAAACACUGCAUGAUUUUGAGGCAGCAAAUUCUGAUGAACUUACCUUACAAAGGGGUGACGUGGUGCUGGUGGUCCCCUCAGAUUCAGAAGCUGAUCAGGAUGCAGGCUGGCUGGUGGGAGUGAAGGAAUCAGACUGGCUUCAGUACAGAGACCUUGCCACCUACAAAGGCCUCUUUCCAGAGAACUUCACCCGACGCUUAGAUUAGGGCAACAAGUACUGCAAGAAGGAGCUCAGUUACGGGGUUUUUAAACCUUCAUGAAAACCUGAAGAGUUCACUUUUGCUAUUAUGCUCUUAAUGAUUUACAGACUGAUGCCAGACAAACCUUGGGAAGAUGUAUCAGUGGAGCAUGUGUGCAAAAAAAAUGUAGGAGGAAAAAAAGUAAAUUAAGGAAAAAAUCCUCACUCAUUCCCAUGUUGUCAAUAACAGGUUUGUUUGUGCUUUGUCCAAGCUGUGGAGACUCUUGUACUUGAUCCCCUCCCACCAAUUCUAAAGUAGCUUUCUCCAGAUCAGACUUUAAUUUCUCUGCAUCAGGUGUAUCGUACUGAGUGGCUGCCCUGCAGAAGAUGUGAUGAAUUAUCCUGUAGUACAAGAUGAUCUUAUUCCCCUGCCCAGGUGUGAGCACGUGCUCUCGCUCCCUUUCAGGUUUACUAUGUUUAAAACUAAACUGCUGCAAAAGUUCUCAGUGUUCUUUUCCAACACAUCUAUAUAUAUAUGGACACACAGUCACGCAAGCUAGUUCCCAUGACUCCUGGAUCUAUGUGUAUGCAGAAGGCUACAUAUACAUAGUUGCUUCUUUCCUUUCCAUUGUAGCUCUUUGCCUCUCAAGUGUCAUUGAUACAUGCAUUGCUCUUAUUCUGUCUGGCAUUACAAUUGCAGUUUUGCCUCAUGGCAAAACCAGCCAUCCCAUUGCCAAAACAGUCAACAGUAUCUGUGUUUGUACUGUGAAGUUUUCAGGAUGAGAUGACAGAUAGCACGACUAUCUGUCCCUCAGAGAAGGCGGGGCCUGAUUUAUCUAGCUGUCCAGCCGCUGUGGCUGGAGGUAGGCUAGUUGGGAUGGGCAGCUAAGCAGUCUUCUCUUCUGCCUUUAUGAGAUUGGGUAGAAAGAUGGGGCAUAUUCAUCCACCCCCAAAAGAACACUAUAAAAACAGCUCCUCUAUAUUUCCACCUCUUUCUAUUUAUGCAACUCAUCUUCACAGAUUGUUCUAAAGUAAAAUAGAUGGUGUAUGCUGUAUCCACAAAUCAUCUGUAACAAUUAUGUUUUCAGUGCUGUGUCAUUCCAAAUAAACCUUUGGUAAUCUCCAACGAUUACCCUAA